AUGUAUAAACAAAUAUUAAUUUUAUUAAUAAUUACUGUGUCAUUUAUCAAUGCACGUCCUUGCUGUUUACCAUCAUGUGAUCCUUGUUCAAGGGUAAAUUCUUGUUGUCCUAAUCGAGGAAAUAAUCCUUGUACCCAGAAUAAUAGUGGUACUGGAGGUACAAUUGAUAUUCAGGAUCCUUGUGAGGAUACAAAUUGUCCUGAUGGAUACAAAUGUGAAGAUGGAAGUUGCCUAAUUUGUGGACCUGAUGAAGAAUGCAAAUCCUGCGAAAAAGUUUAUUGUCCUUUAUAUUUUAAGUGUCGGAGUGGUGUGUGCGUUCCUGACGAAUCUUGCAAGGAUGUUCUAUGUCCUAAUAAUUCGUAUUGUAAAGAUGGAAAAUGUAUUAGAGUUAAAUGA